AUGGUUUGCUGGUCCAAAAACGCACAGAAGGAAGAAAGGUUGGCGGAUCCUGGAUCACGUGGUGAAGAUUCAAAUGGUGUGGAAGGGGAAGACGAGUCUGAAAGUGAAAAGAGAAGGGGAGUGCCCUCUCUACGAGAGCGUUUACCUAUGUCUGCUGGACUAGGAGUAAAAGUUGAUUCAAUAUUUUUCAGACAAAUGUCGCCAUAUAGAUCUCCUCGUCAAUUUAACGCUCAAAAAGUUGAAUUUGAAAUUAACGACGAAAACACCAUUAAUCACUUAUAUGAAAUUAAAACGAGUGGAAAAUAUAUAGAUAGGUUUAGAAUGUUAAUCAUACCAGAUAAAGAAGAAGAUGAACUUGAAUUUGAUAUGAUAUUGGAGACCGAAACUCCACCAUCAAUAAAUAUUAUUAGAAACCCAAAAGCCACAAAAGGAAGUAGGAAUUUACGAGUUUUUACGAUCAUCAGAAUUUGA